CUCUCUCUUUACUCUCUCCCCCCUCCUCCUGCGUGUGGGUGUCGGUGUGCCCCUUCUUUCUUGUUUUUGCUGCAUCAAACCGAAUAUCCUCAGCUCAAGAUGGCAGCAAAGGGAUUUGCGGUUUGUCUGCUUGUUUUGCUGCUCAGUCAGUUAGCACAAGCAGAUGAUGCCUGUGGUCCUGCUGGUGUGUGCGAGUGCACCGGAACAGCUGUCAAUUGCGAUAGAAAGAGUCUCACGGCCAUUCCAAGCGGAAUCCCGGUCGACACACAAAGCCUAUCGCUGCAGGGCAACCUGCUCACCUCCAUUUCCGCAAACGCAUUCACCGGCCUGACAGCCCUGACCACAUUAUUCCUGGAGAACAACCAACUCCCCAGCAUUUCUGCAAACGCACUCGCUGGCCUGACUGCAUUGCAAUACCUAUCUCUGCAGCGCAACCAGCUCACUUCCAUUUCCGCAAACACAUUCACCGGCCUGACUGCGCUAACUGGGCUGAAUCUGGAUUUCAACCAAUUCGCAAGUAUUUCUGCAGACACACUCGCAGGCCUGACUACAAUGCGGACCCUAUCUCUGGGUAGCAAUGGAAUCACUAGCAUUUCCGCAAACGCAUUCACCAGCCUGACAGCCCUGACCGUGUUGGAUCUGAGUUACAAUGAACUCCCAAGCAUUUCUGCAGACGCACUCACCGGUCUGACUGCAAUGCGGACCCUAUCUCUGCAGCGCAACCAGCUCACUUCCAUUUCCGCAAACACAUUCACCGGCCUGACUGCGCUAACUGGGCUGGAUCUGAGUUACAAUGAACUCCCAAGCAUUUCUGCAAACGCACUCACCGGCCUGACUGCAUUGCAGUACCUAUCUCUGAAUAACAACAGGAUCACUCGCAUUUCCGCAAACACAUUCACCGGCCUGACAGCCCUGACCACAUUGUAUCUGAAUUACAACCAACUCCCAAACAUUUCUGCAAACGCACUCACUGGCCUAACUGCAUUGCGGUCCCUAUCUCUGACUCAGAACAACAUCACCACCAUUCACGCAAACGCGUUUGCCGGUCUGACUGCGCUGGCAAGCUUGGUUCUGGUUCAAAACCAACUCUCAAGCAUUUCUGCAGACGCACUCACCGGUCUGACUGCAUUGCAGUACCUAUCUCUGAAUAACAACAGGAUCACUCGCAUUUCCGCAAACGCAUUCACCGGCCUGACAGCCCUGACCGUGUUGUAUCUGAGUUACAAUGAACUCCCCAGCAUUUCUGCAAACGCACUCGCUGGCCUGACUGCAUUGCAGUACCUAUCUCUGAAUAACAACCAGAUCACAAGCAUUGCUGCAGCCGCAUUCGCAGGCCUGACUGCGCUGACCCACCUACCCCUGGACAACAACCAGAUCACAAGCAUUUCCGCCGAAGCAUUCACAGGCUUGAGCGCGCUGCAGUUAUUGUCCCUUAACAGUAACCAGAUCACCAGCAUUGCCGCCAACGCAUUCACAGGUCUAAACGCGCUGACUUCACUGUAUCUAAAUCAAAACAACAUUGCCGGUAUUUCCGCAAACGCAUUCACAGGCCUGACGAAGCUGACUCAACUGUAUUUGGAUGACAAUCCCUUCACCACUUUGCCGCCUGGUCUGUUCAAGGGCUUGCCAAAGCUUUUGUAUUUGGGGUAUUGGUACCGGUCCGAACUGAGCCCCAACAACUUUACCUUUGGCGGUAACACUGUUGCUCCGCCUAGCACAUACGGCAGCGCAUCCCAGCCCUACAAGUGCGAUACAGCGUGUGCCACUUGCUAUGCCUCAGGGAGCGCCUCGUGUUGCGGAACCAAUUGUUUGUUUUGCAGCUCGUCCGCAGUGUGCACUCAGUGUUAUGAAGGCUACGACAUGAUGAGUGGAUCCUGCGUUCCUCUUGCUUCCAUCGGAUCAGUUGCGUCCAUGCAAUCUGCUUCGGCUGCCUCGGCGCUCUCAACAUCUUUUGCGUCACUUGCUACCGCAUCCUCAGCGUCCAUUGCCUCAACCGCCUCUGCCUCAAUUGCGUCUCUUGUUUCCGCCACAUCUGCUCUGUCGGCGUCUGUUGCUUCCAUUACUGCUGCAUCGUCCGCGUCCAUUGCAUCUGCUGCGUCAGCUGCGACAGAAGCAUCCAAAGCCUCCGGCGCUUCAGUUGCGUCUACACAAGCUGCAUCGUCAGCUUCGAUCGGCUCUGCUGUAAGCGCGUCAUCCGCAUCCAUUGCGUCUGACGUUUCCGCGGCCUCGGCGAUCUCUGCGUCCUUUGCUUCCAUCGCUACUGCAUCGUCUGCCUCGAUUGUAUCUGCUGUAAGCGCGUCAUCAGCAUCUAUCGCAUCUGAUGUUUCCGCGACCUCGGCGAUCUCGGCGUCCCUUGCGUCCGUCGUCACUGCAUCGUCUGCCUCGAUUGCAUCAGCUGCGUCAGCUGCGACACAAGCAUCCAAAGCCUCCGCCGCUUCAGUUGCAUCGACGCGAUCUGCUUCGGUUGCAUCUGUUGCGUCAGCUGUGUCAGCAGCGACACAAGCAUCCAAAGCCUCCGACGCUUCGGUUGCGUCGGCUGCGACACAAGCAUCCAAAGCCUCUGCCGCUUCAGUCGCGUCUACACAAGCUGCAUCGUCAGCGUCAAUUGCAUCUGCUGCAAGCGCGUCGUCAGCAUCUAUCGCAUCUGAUGUUUCCGCGACCUCGGCGAUCUCGGCGUCCCUUGCGUCCGUCGUCACUGCAUCGUCAGCCUCGAUUGCGUCUGCUGCGUCAGCUGCAACAGAAGCGUCCAAAGCCUCCGCCGCUUCAGUUGCAUGGACGCGAUCUGCUUCGGUUGCAUCUGUUGCGUCGGCUGCGUCAGCAGCGACACAAGCAUCCAAAGCCUCCGCCGCUUCAGUUGCGUCUACACAAGCUGCAUCGUCAGCCUCGAUUGCAUAUGUUGCGUCAGUAGCGACACAAGCAUCUAAAGCCUCUGCCGCUUCAGUUGCGUCUACACAAGCUGCAUCGUCAGCCUCGAUUGCAUAUGUUGCGUCAGUAGCGACGCAAGCUUCUAAAGCCUCCGACGCCUCUGUUGCGUCGACGCAAUCUGCCUCGGUUGCAUCUGGUACGUCGGCUGCGUCAGCUGCGACACAAGCAUCCAAAGCCUCCGCCGCCUCUGCUGCGUCAGCUGCGACACAAGCAUCCAAAGCCUCCGCCGCCUCUGUUGCGUCAGCAGCGACACAAGCAUCCAAAGCCUCCGCCGCUUCAGUUGCGUCUACACAAGCUGCAUCGUCAGCGUCAAUUGCAUCUGCUGCAAGCGCGUCGUCAGCAUCCAUUGCGUCUGAUGUUUCCGCGACCGCAUCGUUGGCUUCCGUCGUUGCUGCUGCAUCUUCAGCCUCUCGGGCGUCCGCAUCUGUAGCCUCUGCUGCUUCUGCUGCUUCUGCCCCCUCAGCCUCUGCCGCGUCAACCGCAUCGGCAUCUGCUGCUUCUGUUGCAUCUUCCAUUGCACAGUUCGGCGCUGGAUCCCAAGACUCAUCCUCGUCGGCGGCUGUCAUCGCUGCUGUCGUUGCGUCCGUGGCAGUCAUUGCGCUCAUUGCAGUGGUCUUUAUCGUGUUGCGGCGCCGGCGCUCGCAACGCUCUGUCAUACGACCGAAGGACUCUGCCGGUCCCGUCAUCGAUCAGACGACAAUUGAAAUGACAAUGUCUCCUCUGGCCCAUUCGAGUGAAUCUCGCAUCGAGGAUGACGGCUCAACCUCCUCCAAGCCCAGCCAAAAGCUGCAGCCAGAAUCGCAGAACGCUGCCAGUCCCAUCUACCAGGAGGCUGAUGAAGUGACAACUUCCCCUCAAAACCAUUCGGCUGGAGCACACGACAAAGCGGACAUUCCAUCCCAUGCGGCGGUCGCUCAACAACAGUCGUAUCAAGCUGUCCCGACCGCCCCGCCAGAGGAGGUGGUUGACGAUGAUACGAGCGCGUAUGUUGCCGGCAGCAAUUCUCGUCGCGUUCGCGAAGGCUUGACCAUUGGGAAGCACCUUGCCAGUGGUGAAUUUGGCGAUGUGUCACUGGGUCAAGUGCCUUUCAACGUGUUGCCCACAAGAGCUCAAACCUUGCUCGGACCUACAGCGUCGCCAACCGUGCUGGUUGCAGUCAAGUCUUCCAAGGCCGACGCUGACGAGAAAUCUCACCAAGACUUUGAGGCUGAGGCGAAGUUGAUGGCGCCGUUUGUGCAUCCGAAUGUCGUGCGGUUGCUUGCGGCUCUGGUCGAGUCAGAGCCCCAUCUCGUUCUGCUAGAGUUUGUGCAGUACGGCGAUUUGCGCACGCUGCUGCAAAAGUCCAAGCUGUAUUCGCUUUGGUGGACGCACAACGAGCAGGUGCAUGCCAUUCGCCAGAUUGCUCUCGGCAUGGAGUAUCUGGGCACGCUUAACUUUGUGCACCGAGAUCUUGCCGCGCGCAACUGCCUUGUGGGGCAAGGAAUGGUGGUCAAGAUUGCCGAUUUCGGGCUUUCCCGCGAAUUGACGGAUGAGCAAGAUUACUAUCGCAUGCAAACGCGAGGAAAACUUCCCGUGAAGUGGAUGGCACCGGAAACAAUGACCUUCCGCAAGUUCUCGUCCAUGUCGGAUGUGUGGUCGUUUGGUGUGACUGCCUGGGAAUGCUCUAGUUACGGCGCAAUGCCGUACGGCAAGAUGAAUGGCGCUGAGGCACUGGCUCAUCUGGAGGCUGGUGGUCGACUACCCAGGCCGGAGCACUGCUCAACUGACCUGUUUAGCUUGAUGUUUAGUUGCUGGAACUCCAUCCCAGAACUACGUCCAAGCUUUACGCAGCUCGUCAAAGCUCUGAAAAACUUUGAGGAUGGAACACCGAUCCGUGAGAUCGGGGCUCUGUUGUGAACACAAUCCGCCUGCUUUUGCGGCUUUGAUUGACUUGUGUGUCGCGCCCUUGAAGAGUCGUCGAGUAUUGAACGAAUGUCUGCAGGAUUUUGAUUGCAAUUCCAGUAUCUCUCUCUGUUCCAAUAUGCCUGGAUUCGAGGGUGCAAAGGUUUUUUUCGUUAGCACCCCGUUGUUGAGCACUUUAUUUCAAAGAUCGCGUGUGUCAAAAAAUAGCAGCUCGAGA